UUGUACUAACACUUAUUAUAAAUUUUAAGCACAUAUUGGUCAACAUUGGUUAAAAUUUUAAUUCGGUAUAUUAUACAUGAAUGUUAUUGCUAUUUGAUUGUGAAAUUGUUAUUUAAAUUAAUUUUGAGAUGAUAGAUUUUGUAGGGAAGGAUGAUUUUAAUGAUCGGACUAAAAUUAAACGUCAUAGAAAACCUAUUAAUCGAAGAACAAAACGUAAUAUUACUUUUGAUGAAAAGGCACGAUGUGAAUUUUUAACUGGAUUUCAUAAGAGGAAGUUGGCUAGAAAAAAAAAAGCAAAAGAAGAUUUUGAAAGAAGACUAAAAGAAGAGAAAAAAAGAAUAAAAGCUGAGGCAAGAGAAGCAUUUAAAAAACUUACUAAUGCUCAUCCGAUUAUUCCAGAACCAUUAGAUUAUGUAACUGAAGAAUAUAAUUUAGAAAAUCAUACAGUACAAAUUUGUGAACUUUCUACUGAUGAAAUAGCAAAAACAAAUAAUUGGAUUGGUUCAAAUCAGGUUGUUUAUGAAGAAGAGAAAAAAUCUGAAAAAGAAGAUUCAGAAGAAGAGGAUAAUAAUGGAGUACCUGGUAUGAAUUUCGGUUCAAUUAAAGAAAUUAAAAAAGCAAUAAAAAAGCAAGCUGCAGAAACAGUUCAAAAUAGCAAAAUAUUUAAAAUGAAAAAUAAAAUAGAGCGGAUAAAAGACAGGAAAAAGGCAAAACGGAAGAGAUUGUUGGAAUCUAAAAGACAAAAAUGGUUAAAAAAAAAAGGAAAGAAAAAAUAAUAAAAUUUUGUAUGUUUUAUCUAAGAUUUAAAUAAAUAAAUAAUGUUUGUUGUUUAAA